GUCGAACAGCUCCCGUCCAGCGGGGUCUCUGUCAUUGUUGUGGGAUCCGGCAUAGGCGGCCUGUCUGCAGCCCGCGAGCUCUGGCGCAUCGGAUGCGACGUUCGAGUGCUGGAGAGACGACCGCAGGAGAUUUUGACCGGUGACCGGUUCCUGCUCGGCCCCAGCGGCAUAUCGACCCUGCGCAAGUUCCCUCGCCUGAUGCGGGAGAACAAUGCCAUUGGGGAGUUUCCUGACUACUACGUCUUCAAGUACGACGGGACACAGCUUCGAAAGUUCCCCAUCAGGGAGAUGCUGAGCGAGUCGGCCCGCGCCGAGCUUCCUCCCGGCACCGCCCCGCAGGAGACCUCUCGGCCACGUAUCUAUGCGGCCAUGCUGUCGCAGCUGCGGCGUGUGGGCGUCCUCGUCGAGCACGGCCGCGAGGUUUCCUCGUACUUUGACGACGAGGAGAACGGGGCUGGUGUCUUGCUGAAGGACGGCACGCGACUCAAGGCCGACCUCGUCGUCGCCGCCGACGGCCUGCAGAGCCGCAGCUGUAAUUUGGUCUAUGGAAAAGACGUCCCUGUCAAGCCUGUCGGGACUGCUGCAUUUCGCGCCUCAUACCCGCCCGAGCUCGCAGCUGAUAACGCUAUCAUCCAAGAGGCGUACCCGGCAGACAAGGCACCCCAGGAUAUGCAGCUUUUUGUCUGGCGGUUUCAGCAUGAAUUAGGAUGGGGGGCCCAGCGCAAGGACGAUGGCCGGUCGGAGGAGUCGUGGGAGAGAUAUUCAUCUCCCUCGAGGGUGCUGGAAUUUCUCGCGGCUCACCCGGAGCUUCCUCCUGCUGUGGCCGAGGUCAUCCGCCUAACACCGCCUGGCGAGGCCAUUGACUAUCAGAUCUCGAUGCGCGAGCCACAGGCGACUUGGACGUCGCCCUCUGGCCGUAUCAUCCAGGUCGGCGACGCAGCACAUAUAUACCAUCCCAGCUCCGGCGCCGGCGCAACACAGGCGUUGGAGGAUGCGGCGUCGCUUGCCUCGUGCGUCUUGCUGUCCGGGUUCGACAUUCCCUGGGCCACGCGCGUGUCCAACCUCCUCCGGUUCGAGCGCACCUCGUGCAUCCAGGCGUUUGGCCUCUACUCGGAGGCGUUCCGAGGCAAGGGCCAGAACCUGCUCAGGUACAGCCGCUGGAUCGUAACGCAUGAUGCUGAAGCGUAUGCGCGCGAGCGGUUUGCUGAGGCGUUGGAUCACCUCCAGAAAGGUACGCCGUUCAGGAACACUAAUCUGCCGCCAGGUAUGGUCUACCGCCCGUGGACGGCUGACACGCUGCUUGCACAAAAGGAGAGGGGCGAGCCGACGGUGCUCGAUGGGGACUGGAGCUGA